AAGGACGGUGCUUAAAAACUCAACAUCGACACCAGCAACAAAAGUUCAAGCUCCAGCGACAUCAGCAACAGAGACAACAUCAAGAACAGCCACAGGACAAACAAGAACAGCAUCACCAGUCACAAACAUGUCGCAAGUACACCUGUCCGUGGCGGACUACAUCGUGAUGGUCGCCAUGCUCGUCGUCUCGCUCGCCAUCGGCUUCUACUUCGCCUGCACGGGUGGCCGCCAGCGCACCCAGCGCGAGUACCUGCUGGCCGAGGGCAAGAUGUCCUUUUGGCCCGUGUGCCUCUCCCUCUUUGCCACCUUCCAGUCUGCCAUCGGGCUGCUGGGGGGUCCUGCUGAUGUGUAUGAGUAUGGCACCAUGUGGUUCUAUAACGGUAUAAGUAUCGCCCUCGCCAACCUCAUCACCGCCUUCACUAUCGUGCCUUUGUUUCACCCGCUGGGACUUGUCAGUGUCUAUGAGUACCUGGAAUUACGCUACAACUCCAAAAUAGUUCGAUGGAUUGGAGUUUUCACCGGCAUGCUGUGGACGAUUGUGUACAUGGCGAUGGCUUUGAUAUCUCCAGCACUGGCAUUACAGGGAGUCACAGAGAUCCCCAUCUGGAUGUCUGUCGUAGUCGUGGCUGCCAUAGGAACGGUGUACACCUCAGUCGGUGGGAUGAAGACUGUUUUGUGGACGGACGUCUUUCAGACAGCCAUCAUCUUUGCUGGUCUCCUUGCCGUCAUCAUCAAGGGAGUCAUAGAAAUUGGAGGAGUUCAUGAACUCUUAACUAUAUCACAACGAGGCCAGAGACUCGAAUUUGAUGAAGUGUCACCAGACCCACGAGUUCGACAUACUCUGUGGGGCUUUUUGUUUGGGUACACCAUCUAUUGGUUCUCUAAGAACCUCGGUCAGUCUGCAGUCCAGAGAAUUUCAUCCACAAAAUCUCUGCGUCACGCUAAACUGUCCUUCCUGACUGCGCUUCCCAUGAACCUUUUCAACGCCUUUCUUCAAGUCGUCGCGGGGCUCUGCAUGUACGCCUUCUUCAGUCACGCGGGGUGCGAUCCCUUAAGAGCAGGCUACGUGACCAACAGUAACCAGGUUAUAAUUUAUUAUGUGGUGAACGUGCUGGGUUUUCUGCCGGGUUUUUCGGGCUUGUACCUGGCUACCAUCAUCAGCGGUUCGCUCAGCACCCUGUCGUCCGGCCUCAACUCACUGGCGGCCAACACUACAGAAGACCUUCUUCGUCGUCCGUUGUCCAAACUGUCCCCUGCCUGCGUCACUAAAGUCACGAAAGUCAUUGCUCUUCUCUUUGGUUGUGUGAUCACGGGUAUCGCCUACAGCUUUCGCUCCUUGAAAGGACCGAUGACCCAAUUGACAAUAGCAGCCUUGGGAGCCGCCAACGGUCCGCUAGGUGGGUUGUUUAUCAUGGGCUUUGUGUUCCCACAAGCCAACAAAAUUGGCGCCAUCACCGGCUCAGUGAUCGCUUUUACCUUCAACAUGUGGAUGAGUCUCAGCAUCUUUAUGUACGGAGCCUGCAAACCCAAGAAGCCCGCGGGGUCUUUAUACGGGUGUCCUGAAUACAACAGCAGCUCUGCACUUCUUCCGGUCACAGCCGACCCCUUCAUGUACUUAAACGAAACUACCAGUUUCUAUGGCAACGAAUCUGCCGUGGUCGAAACGACGUCUUGUGACGUCACCGCGGGGUUUUUCCUGUACAACAUUUCCUAUCUCUGGUAUACUCUCAUCGGCUGCAUCAUUUGUGUUGCCAUUGGUCUUGCUGUCAGCUUGAUCACAAACAUAUUCAUACAACAUCACUACCCAGCAUCCAAUCUACUGCUCCCCCUGGUUCGACGGGGUAUGAAGAAUCUGCGUAUGAAAUCAGAACAACUCGAGGUCAAGGAAAACGCUGAAGAACUGGAAUUGAUGAAGCCUUAAUUUUCAAAAGAUUAUCGACAAUCAGCUGUAAGGAUGACCGCCUAGAAGUAGAGAUGAUUUUCAAUUUGUUUAAUGUUUGCCUGUCGAGACUAAGGAGUGUGCUGUAACCGAAACAUCACUAGACGCUAUCUCGGCCAUUGACACUGGGGAGAGCAGUUAAUCCCCUGAUGAAUUUGUCUUCUUGAAACUCCUAGCAAUGGUUUCAAACAAUUUUAAAUUGUAGGAAUUUGUCGAACUUCAGGGGGAAAAAAACUUCAAUAGGCACAUUCGACCUGUUUAUCGUAUAUUUUGGAGAGCCGGACUACCAAGAUGGCUUCUGAUGACCGUGACCCUUUCAGAAUAGUCAUGUUGAAGCCCCUCCAUUUAUAGAACUGACAGAAAAUAUUUAAGUCUUUAUUUCAAGCAUUUGUAUCCAUCAAUAAUGUAAAGUUACCAGCAAUAGCUGUUGUACGCCGAUAUGUUAUUUAUGCACCAUGUACAUUUUGUAUCUAUAUAUUUAAGGCAUCUGUAUUUAUAAGCAUGCAUAACAGGGUUUUGCUGAGAUAGACAUUUAUCAUUUACUGAUUAUGUUAAUGGAUGCAUUAAAUUUCUUUACAAUGCACAUUUCACUUAGCUAGAAAAUAACACUGAUAAUUUCUUUGGCAAAUUACACUUGUAAACCUGUAGAACAUUUGAACACAUACCACAACGGUAAGCAUCCUAGAUGUUCGUCAAAUUUUGCAAGCUUCGGGUGACCAUUACAAUUUAUGUUUGUCUGUUUAUUUACAUAUUGGCAUAAAAGACUUCAGAGUGUAAAUUUACCAUUGCGAAUGAUCUGCAUGUUUAUAUUGCAUAGUUACUCCUACGGUUGUUGGUGUGAAUAUCAGUAAGAAAAAGAGACUUUCACCUUCACAAACUAAAAUAUAAAGGGAAAAAGCAGAGAUAUAUUUUCGGGAACGCUGUUGCAGAUAUUCCUUUGUUGUAUGUUUCCUCAUUGUAUCUUUUGUAUCAUAGCUACCUCUUAUCACAAAAAGCAUCUACACGAGUGGCGAUGAAAUCAGUCGCGUGUUUAAACAGUGGUUAUAGGACUUGUGGGGUUAGAGUUAGUUUGUGGGGGGUUUUAUGGUUUUUAUGUGAUGUAAUAAAAUGAACAAAAAAGAAAUAAAGAAUAAUU